ACCUAAAUCGGUCUUUCCCAACAAUAACGAAAGAAAGGUACACUGUUCUCGAAUAGAGCUCAGGCCUAAAUCUGGCAACGUGUACUAAUUCUAAUUGCCAUCGAAUUGAAAUUCCUCCAAAGAAAUACUCUUUGAUAUACUAAUAACAUAAAAUGGCAUCUACUUCCGAAUUAGCUUGCGUUUACAGUGCACUAAUUCUUCAUGAUGAUGAUGUAGCCAUCACGGCUGACAAGAUCAGCACUCUGGUAAAUGCUGCUAAUGUGUCUGUGGAACCAUUCUGGCCUGGUCUGUUUGCCAAAGCCCUUGAAGGUGCAUCAAUCGCUGACCUCGUCAGGAAUGUAGGAAGUGCAUCAGCCGCUCCUGCUGCAGGUGAUGCCGCUGGUGCUGCAGAUGCCCAAGCAGAGGAAAAGAAAGAAGAAGCUAAGAAAGAAGAGACAGAGAGCUCAGAUGACGACAUGGGAUUCGGUUUCUUUGACUAAGCAAGUCAUUUUACACCUUGGACACUGGUUUUGCUGUUCCUAAGACCUGGCAUCUCACUAUUCAAUCAAAGCAAAAUACAACAUGCUUGUAAUUGUAAAUCAAUAAAACAAGCUGUACACUGUUAAAA